AUGGCGCCUGCGUUGGAAAGCUCGACCUCCAACAUGACUGGCGCGCCGGCGGGUGAAAGCUGGGAGCAGUUGGCCGAAGACUUGUGGUUGAGCGGAUUGAAUGCUCCGAAUUCAAGACCAGAAAUCGUCAAGAGCAAGAUCUGGGAUCGUCUUGAGGGCGAAGCGUUCAAUUGGCGGUCGCUCUCUUCCCUCGAAAGCCUCCAGAUACUGGAACGGUGCAAAGAUAUAUUCGUUGAUCGCCCUGAACAAUUUUCGAGCUUGUUUCAUCGGGUCCUCUCUUUGAAUCUUGACAGUACACUCCCGUCAUUCGCAAAAUUGUCGCUUCUAUCUUUUGUGGUCGUUGCCUUCCAAUCCCUAGAGAAGCCGAUAGUCCGCAAGGAAAGUGCACCAUUAGUCUCAAUAUCAAUAUGGCACAAUCUUCAUUCCGAAGCCGUACGAGAUAAAGUUCUGGACCAAAGCGCCGUUGCGCGGAAGGCGUGGCGUGCUGCUCAUAAACGCUAUGAAGCAGCGGACGACCCGUCUAAGGCCAAACUGCGCUUUGACCGCUCGUGGCUCUACACACUUCUACUAGAUUUCCUUCGUCAGGUGAAUGACACUGGCAGUGUUACUGAAAGCGCACUCUACUCUCAGCGGUUGCUCGAGUUCCUGAUUGACCUCGUCAGUCAACUACCCACGCGGAGAUAUGUCAUUACUGUCAUUAAGGAUCUCAAUCUGCUGCCUAUUCUCAAGUUAUCAAGGUUGUUUGAAGACGAGCGAAACUCGCUGAUCAGGGAACAAAAUUUACUUUUGCAGCACUUUGUUGACUUUGUGGUCGAUGACUACAGUGGACAUUCGUCCAAGCUCAAGACCAGUUACGAGUCACAUUGUAAUGCCCUGUCGAACUUGCAAAGGGUGGCAAUGAAACACUUUGAAGCCAAACUCAAAGUUCUUGCCUUUUCCAACUAUGCGUCUAUUGCUGAGAGAUCCGGUCUUGAGUCACAUUUAGGAGCAUUGUCGGAGGAAGAACUUGAACGAUUGUGCUCACUGCUACAGCUGCGUACACAAUAUCCAAGACAGGCCAACGUCCCGAUUGGCCGACGCUUAUACCUGGAAACCUUGCUUGCUGCUUUUGAACGCCCAGUUGACUUCCAAAGUAUGGUGUCAGAUUUUUCCACGUUGCCCACCGAAGCUGAUCUAUAUGAUCAAUCUCUCUUGCGGACAGAAGAAUAUGAUGGGUCCCAGCCGUUGCCAAUUCCAAAAUUCAAUCUGCAGUAUCUGAACCUAGGCGACUUCCUCUGGCGCUCAUUUCUUCUAUAUCGUUCCGAAGCCUUUUUUGAAAUCCGAAAAGACAUCGAGAGCGUUGUAAGGAGGAUGCGGCCACGGCCGGGUGCUGACGCAAGCUCUCUUCGAUAUGAUGGGUUCUCGAGAAUGGGAGUGCCAAUUUUGAAACCUGCAAUCAUCGAGGUUGCGCAACCACAGGUAGGUUCAAGCAAGCCCGCCUUCGUCCGUGCAGAGAUCAUACUCGAUGUGAAUCAUCUGAACAAUAAUGCGCGGGUUGGCUGGGAUGAUCUUCGACCAAACGAUGUGGUUUUUUUGCUGUGCGUUAAGAGCAGCGACCAUUCACCUAUCUCCAUGAAUGGCGACUCAACUAUCCACCCUGAUUAUGACUGGAAAAUCAAGUAUGCGCGGGCCGCAGAGGUUGUUCAAGUACUCGACGGAAAUGGCAGGCAUUUGAGAGACGCGCAAGUGCCGCAGACAAAUGGCUCUGUUGCUCGGCCUGCCCAGCGACGUCUUCUCGUGAAUCUUGAUAGAGUCAAGUACAAAGGAGACCUGGAUCGGGUCGCCCAAGGCAAGCCAGAUAUUUAUCAGUCAUUGAACGUCAUCGUGCGAAGAAAUAGGAAAGAGAACAAUUUCAAGGCCACGCUAGACACUAUACAAUCACUGGUUGCUGCCAAUACGCACCUACCAACCUGGUUCCGGGAUUCGUUCCUUGGAUAUGGAGACCCUUGCUCUUCGCAUUAUACUCACUUGUCGAACAAGGUCCGGUCACUGGACUACCGAGACACUUUCCUGGAUUGGCAACAUUUAGAACAAAGCUUUCCGGAGAGAACUCUGCAGCCAGCGGCAGAAUUGGGCUCUAUCUUUCCACCACCUUAUGUUCUUCAAUUGUUCGAUGAGCCCAGUGAGACUGAGCCAACGAAUCCCAGAAAACGUCGGCGAGAGCAGAUGGAAUCAGAUAAUUUCGCAACAGCACCGAUCAAGGUCUCCUCAUACACCCCCCCCAAAACUGGUCCAUAUCCAAUGGAUGCUCCUCGAUUGAACAAGAUACGCUUCACUCCAGCACAGACAGAAGCAAUCACAUCUGGCACGCAGCCGGGAUUGAGCGUCGUCGUUGGGCCUCCUGGCACAGGCAAAACUGAUGUAGCAACUCAAAUUAUUAAUCUGCUCUAUCACAACUUCCCCAGGGAGAGAAUUCUCCUUGUUGCGCACAGCAAUCAAGCUCUUAACCAGCUUUUCCAGAAAAUUGUUGCGCUAGACAUUGACAGCCGCCAUUUGCUCCGGCUUGGGCAUGGUGAAGAAGAUCUUGACACCGAAGCAUCUUUCAGCAAGCAUGGGCGCGUUGAAUCCUUCAUGGACAACCGAUCUGGUUUCUUGGCCGAGGUUGAUCGGCUGGCAGCAUCAAUGAACGUUGAAGGAGCGCACGGCAACUCCUGUGAAACCGCUGAUUACUUCAACAAGGUGUACAUUCAACCCGCCUGGUCUCGCUUCUGGGAUCAAGCUCACUCCCCUGCCGCGAGUUCUGACUCCAUCAUCCAAAAUUUUCCUUUUCAUAUUUAUUUUUCCAAUGCACCAAAUCAACCACUCUUUUCUCCCGACAAACCUGUUGAAGACCUCAUUGCCAUUGCGGCAGGCUGUGAAUACCACAUUUCCCGGAUAUUCACUGAGCUUGAAGCCAUUCGCCCGUUUGAAAUCCUUCGUCAACCUAGGGAUAAAGCGAAUUAUCUGCUUGUGAAAGAGGCGCGCAUCAUCGCCAUGACAUCUACCCAUGCCUCGAUCAGACGAGCUGAGAUCGCCAGCCUUGGUUUCCACUGUGACAGCCUGAUCAUGGAAGAAGCAGCCCAGAUCACCGAGAUUGAGUCCUUCGUGCCUUGCGCUAUGCAAAACCCUGAUUCUCAGAGCGGUGAGUUGCCUCUGAAGCGGAUUGUCUUGAUUGGCGAUCACUUGCAGAAUUCCCCAGUCAUCCAGAAUCUGGCCUUUCGACAGUACGCCAAUUUUGAGCAGUCACUUUUCCUUCGACUUGUCCGCUUAGGCGUUCCUACCAUCAACCUGGAUCAGCAAGGUCGAUGUCGGCCCUCUAUAGCUGAACUCUUCCAAUGGCGAUAUCCAUCCCUCACGAACCUCCCUCAUCUGAACCAACUCCCGAAAUUCGCGCGAGCCAACGCCGGGUUCAAAUACGACUACCAAUUCAUCGACGUACCAGACUACCAGGGUCAAGGUGAGCGAGAACCAUCGCCUCAUUUUAUCCAGAAUCUCGGUGAAGCCGAAUACGCUGUCGCCUUGUUUCAGUACAUGCGCCUGCUUGGUUAUCCGGCGCGUAAUAUCUCGAUCCUCACAGCUUAUGCAGGCCAGCGAGCGCUGAUCAGAGAUGUGCUGGCCCACAGAUGCACGGGCAACAGUCUAUUCGGACUGCCAAGAAUGGUGUCUACGGUGGACAAGUACCAAGGCGAACAGAACGGUUAUAUUAUCCUCUCGUUGACACGAACCAAGUCUGUUGGUUAUCUCCGCGACGUGCGUCGUCUCACCGUCGCUCUCUCCCGAGCUCGGCUUGGCUUGUAUAUUCUCGGUAGAAGAGAUCUUUUUGGAUCCUGCUUUGAGAUGAAACCGGCGAUGCAGAUCCUCGAGAGAAGACCAUCAAAGCUGCUCCUGACCACUGGGGAGAUGUAUCCGACACAACGGCUACUCGAUGAUGAGGUUGAGGGUGUCGAGAUGGACGGUGUUGAGCAUCUCGGGCAGUAUGUGUACGAAAUGACCCAAGCGAAGAUCAAAGCGUUUGGGGGAGAGGUCACUAUGGUUCGCGACGGCGAUGGCAACGCAGUUGAUGAGGGUUAUGCUGGGGAAGCGCAUGUGGUCGAUUUGGGUUUCGAGGAGGAAGAAGAUCCCCUGCAUGAGCAGGUUGCUCCUUAA